CGGGCAGCGCGGUGCGGCCGAGCCUGCGCACUCCUCCCGCCGGGCCUCAAGGUGAUGGUGGGGACGGGCGCUGCUGCACGUUGCCCUGCUGCGGGCGGGGCGGGGCCGUGACUGCAGCGGUGCCCCUCGCUUCUCUGCCGUCUGCUGUGUCUCCGUAGCUCAGAGCCCGUGAGCUGGGAGAGGAGGAACCGUGGCUUGGCUGCCAGGGCUGUUGGAAGCUGUGCGGGGUAUGACUGGCCUCUCUGGCAGUGCUGUUGAAUUGCAGUUGCUGGUUGAGAAGCACUUCAGGAGCCUCAGCUGCAGGCCCCCACAAUGCAGCGGAGUCUGUUGCAUGCAGCAUCUCAGCUGGUGCAUGGGACCUGCGUGGCCUUUCCCCGCCCUGGCACCGUCCUGUGCUUGAAAGGACACUCGGUGUUGGCUCGGGCUGGAUGCAAAGUGAUUUUGGCACUGAACCCUCCUAAACGAUGUCUGCAGGCAAGUGCAGCACACUUCUCCUCAAAGAAAAGCACCACCUCAUCACAGCCAGCAGGCACUCCUCCCAGGCUACCUUCCUCUGCAGCCACGGAUACAGCGAAGCAGAGUCCCGGAGAGGCAGACGCUGCAGAUCCUGAUCCACUACAAGAUAAAUCAAUCAGUCUCGUCCAGAGAUUCAAGAAAACUUUUAAACAGUAUGGAAAAGUCAUGAUUCCAGUGCAUCUGCUGACUUCCACUGUAUGGUUUGGAGCCUUUUACUAUGCGGCUAUGAAGGGAGUGAAUGUUGUGCCAUUCCUCGAGUUGGUUGGCUUACCAGACAGCAUAGUGAGCAUCCUGAAGAACUCCCAGAGUGGAAACGCGCUAACUGCAUAUGCAUUGUACAAAAUUGCAACUCCUGCCAGAUACACUGUGACUUUGGGAGGAACGUCUGUCACUGUUAAAUACCUACGUAAGCACGGCUACAUGUCCACCCCACCACCAGUAAAGGAGUACCUACAAGAUAGGAUGGAGGAAACCAAAGACAAAAUAACAGAGAAGAUGGAGGAAACAAAGGAUAAAAUAACAGAGAAGAUGGAGGAAACCAAGGAUAAGAUAACAGAGAAGAUUCAGGAAACCAAAGAUAAAGUUUCAUUUAAAAAAAUUAAGGACUAGGAGGGAUGCUUCAUUUUUGGAUAUAUCAAACCUUAGCACUUUAAACCCUUUGUGAGGCAGGAGAUACAAAGUGCAUUUCUGAGGUUUGGGGUCUUUUUUUCCUUGCUCCCCACCACCAACUUGUUUGGAGGCUACAGUUGCUGCGUGGAUUAAAAACCUCUGUGUAUUCACCAAGGUCAAAGUUCCUUGUGGUAACAUUAUCAAAUUGCAGAAGGAAAAGCAAAUCUCAGAGGUUCAUACCUGCUGGUAACAGUUACUCUUGUCUCUUGGUUUGGGUUUGGUUGGUUUUUUUUUCCUUCCCCUCUCAAAAUGAUCCUUUCUUCCAAAAGCCACUGCCUCCUUCACAGUGCACAGCCAUGGCUCCGUUAGGCUGAACCUUCCAUGGAAUGGGAAUGAAAAUUUCUCUGCUGGGAAAGGCAACAUCUUCAGCCUUUUAGACUAUGUGGACCCAGGCCUCCACAGUCAUGUUCAUCUCUCAGCUUGGAGACAGACCUUUGGCACUGCUACUGCACAGGAAGGAAUCGUUGGAUUAGCCACUCAGGCUGCAUGAAUUGUCAUGGCUGCACAGACUUCAGCUGAGCUGUGCUGCUUUACAGGUUGAGGCUAUGCUGAAUCUUUCUUGGACAGUGUUAUAUCUUCUCAGCCAUCUCACCAGAAAGCUGCAGGAAGGCAGAUGAAUCACAGGAGCCAAUACUGUCCAGUAUACUUUUGUUUCCUACAGUUGAUUUACAAUAGAAAGUCAUGAAACUAAUCAAUAACUGUAAAUGAAGAACUAGGAUUUGGUUGUUGUUCCUAUGUUAACGUUUACAAAACUCUUCAUCUUUGAAACAAAAACCUUCUGAAAGAGUUUACUUGAAAAAUCAGUACACUGAGGGGCUUUGUUAGUACAGGCACAGUUAAACCCCUCCAAAAUUCGUCCUCCUGACUGCAGCAGGAUGCUGUAGCUCCAACAAGCAUCAUCUCUGAGACAGUCACCCCAGUUUACCAAACUGUUUUCCUCCCUUCUGAUUUUCUUAGCUGAAGGCUGAAAUGCUUUGAGAGGUGUCAUAAAGGAAUAAAGGUGAAGCUGUUCCAUUUGAUUGGGCAAGUAAACUUCUCCCAUGGAUUUACUCCACUGAAGGCUAAACUGAAGUGUCUGGGUUGGUUUGGUUUGGUUUUUUUUUCCUGUUUUGAGUGUCACUUUGUAGCAGCUCUCUGCAUCUUGUUUAACAGAGGUGGGGGGUUUGUGGGGGAGCACAUGGAGAAAGAAUAGAACCGAACCCUGAGUGCUGUUCAUUGGAGUCAAACAAUAGAUCUGAUACUUUAGCAGCUCUCCCUCAUUGUCAGUCAAGUCACCGAGGGCCUCUCCACGUUUAAGUGAGUUGAACUUCAUUAACGUAAAGGUGCAGGGUUGGUUUUUUUUUUUACUUCUCUGCUUCUGCCCACGUGUCAAAUAGCAACUGCAGGCCCAUGCCUACCUCACAGGGCUGCUGUGAGGAAUAAUCAUUGUGUAUUUGAUGCCCUGAAGAUGUAAAGUGCCAUCUUUCUGACAAAUAUUAUUAAAAAAAGGAUUCUGUGAGCUCUGCUGCAGAGCUGAGCACUGCUCUA